GCCAGGGAUUACAGUUGGCCAAACGGAAAAUGAUUGUCUUAGAAGAUUCAUAAAUAAUUCAGUAGAAGAAACAACAACAACACGAAAAAAAAAGAUUUUUGAGCGCAGCUUUUGCUUUGCUGCUAGUGCAAAAGAAAGGAAGGGAGGAGGGAGAGGGAGCGAGCGUGGGUCGUUGAAAAGGGAGGAGCAGCGAGUGUAAUGCGACAGAGCCGGAGCCUCACUGAAUCAUCACAAGCUCGGUGUGCGAGAGAGGAGCAGAGGAGCUGCAGGCCAUUCAGACGGCACGCUACGCCCCUUGCAGGACCCUCGCCUUGACUCUUCCUCGGACUGCAGGGCACAGCCGCUGGCAUCACUGCCCUCCUGGGCUUGCAAGGGAACCCUGUUCGUGACUGGUUUGCAUGUGGCAAAGAAAGCUGUCUCUUCAGUUAUUCUACAUUAAACUGAGCUGAGAAUGUGGAGGCUGCCUGCUUUCCUAGCUCUGGUCUCAUUGUCCCUUGGAGGAACAGUUGAGCUCAACAGCUUCACAAACAUCAACUAUGGGCCAGUGUUUGAAGAGCAGCCUUCCAGCAUUCUGUUCCCAGAGGGCUCUGCAGAAGAGAAGGUGACACUGACGUGUAAAGCUAGGGCUAGCCCACCAGCGACAUACAGGUGGAAAAUAAAUGGCACACAACUGAACUUGGAUUCCAAUUCACGCUACACUCUAAUAGCUGGGAAUCUGGUCAUUACCAACCCUCUACGGGCUCAAGACAGCGGCUCUUAUCAAUGUCUUGCCAGCAAUCCAAGUGGCACAAUCAUCAGCAAGGAGGCAGUUCUGCGAUUUGGCUAUCUCCAUGAGUUUUCUCCCGAUGAGAGAAGCCCCCAAACUGUGAAUGAGGGAGCAGGGGCCACACUUCUGUGCAAUCCUCCCCAGCACUAUCCCAGCCUAUCAUAUCGUUGGCUGCUGAAAGAGUUCCCCAACUUCUUGCAGUUGGAAACAGGAAGACACUUCAUCUCCCAAGUCACAGGGAACUUGUAUCUGGCCAAAGUGAAAGCUGACGAUGUGGGCACCUAUUCCUGCUUUGCUACGAGUCGCAUUGAUUUCAUCACCAAGAGUGUCUUUAGCAAACCCACACGUCUCAACGUUAACCCAGAUGCUAGUCACAGGAAGUAUAGCCCCAGUAUCAAGGUACGCUUCCCAUCUGAGACUUACGCGCUUACUGGACAGGUUGCUCAACUGGAAUGCUUUGCUUAUGGCAACCCAGUCCCUGUGCUACGCUGGAGAAAAGUGGAUGGCUCCCUUCCCUCGAAGGCUCUACUGACAGCAGAUCAGCCUGUCCUUCAGAUCCCUGACCUAAGCUUCGAUGAUGAGGGUGUCUAUGAGUGUGAGGCUAAAAACUCAGAGGGAUGGGACACCUACCAGGGCCGGAUCACAGUACAAGCCCAGCCAGAGUGGCUGCAUGUCAUGAGUGAUACAGAGUCAGAGAUCAAUUCUGUGCUACGAUGGAGCUGUGUAGCUGCAGGCAAACCCAGGCCUACCAUCCGAUGGCUUCGGAAUGGGCAGCCACUCGUCCCACAGGAUAGAAUUGAAGUGACAAGUGGUGAACUGAAAAUAUCUGGUCUGAUCCUUGAAGAUUCUGGGAUGUACCAAUGUGUGUCAGAAAACAAACACGGAACCAUUUACGCCAAUGCUGAGCUAAGGGUUCAAGUUCAGGCCCCUGAUUUCCGAUUAAGUCCAGUGCGCCGUUUGAUUCCUGCUGCCAGGGGUGGAGAGGUAAUUAUUGAAUGCCGGCCAAGAGCUGCUCCCAAAGCCACUGUGUUCUGGAGCCGAGGAACAGAACUGCUGACCAACAAUAGCAGGAUUACCGUCAAGGCAGAUGGGACCCUCUGGAUUAAAAACAUUAGCCGCUCAGAUGAAGGGAAGUACACUUGUUUUGCUGAAAAUUUCUUGGGCAAAGCCAACAGCACUGGCAGUCUCUCAGUGAGAGAUGCCACCAAGAUCACACUGGCUCCCUCAAAUGCUGACAUUAAUCAGGGUGAAAAUGUCACUUUGCAGUGCCAUGCAUCUCAUGACCCAACCAUGGAUUUAACAUUCACGUGGGCCCUUGAUGGUGUUCUUAUAGAUACAGAUCAAUCCGGCGGACACUAUCGCCAGGUGGUGGCGAAUGAGGCCAUUGGUGAUUUGACUAUUCUCAAUGCCCAGCUGAAGCAUUCUGGCAGAUACACAUGUACAGCACAGACUGUAGUGGACAGCAAGUCUGCUUCUUCAGUGCUUGUCGUGAGAGGACCUCCUGGACCACCAGGGGGUGUUGUCGUGAAGACAAUUAAUGAAACUGGAGUGGAACUGCGAUGGAGUCGAGGCUAUGAUAAUCACAGUCCUAUUGGGAAGUACAUUAUUGAUGCCAGAACCCCAUUGUCUAGUGACUGGAAGCAAGUAAGAACAAAACCCAUGAACAUAGAAGGUAAUGCUGAGUCGGCCCGCAUCAUCAGCCUUCUUCCCUGGAUGGACUAUGAGUUUCGAGUCACUGCUAGCAACAUCCUUGGCAGUGGAGAGCCCAGCAUGCCAUCACAGAGUAUCCGGACAAAACCAGCAGCUCCUACUGUAGCACCUUCAGGCCUAGGAGGGGGAGGAGGAGACCGGCAUGAACUCAUCAUCACCUGGACUCCUAUGGCACGCGAGUAUCAAAACGGUGAUGGCUUUGGCUAUGCAUUGGCUUUCCGGAAGCGAGGAAAACAGGAUUGGCAUCUAAUAAAGGUUCCAAAUGUGGAGUCUUCCCGUUAUGUGUACCACAAUGAAAGCAUCACCGCCUACUGUCCCUUUGAAGUCAAAGUUAAGGGUUACAACAAUAAAGGAGAGGGACCUUUCAGCCAGACCGCUUUGAUUUACUCUGCUGAGGAAGAGCCUACAGUGGCCCCCAGCUGGGUCAAUGGCAGCAGCUUGUCAGCGACUGAAAUGUUUGUGUCCUGGGACCCUGUCCAGCACCUCUUUACUAAUGGCAUCCUUCAGGGGUAUGAGAUUCGUUACUGGAGAGCAAACGACAGUGAGGCAGCAGCAGACAGAGUGAGGACAGCAGGACUGGAGUCAUCAGCACGGGUUUCUGGUUUGCGACCCAGCACUUUGUAUCACGUGGUGGUGAGAGCCUACAACAGUGCUGGAACAGGACCACCAAGUCCAUCUAUCACGGUCACCACAAAGAAGCCCCCACCAAAUCAGGCUCCUGACAAAGUGUCCUGGAAAACUGAUGGAUCCUGGGUGACAGUGGCCUGGGACCAUGUCAAGGCACAAAAGAAUGAGUCAGCUGUGCUGGGCUACAAGAUCCUCUACAAACAGGAAGGCCAGGCUGUCCUUAAAGUUGUGGAAAAAGGCAAAAAUUCCAUUCGUCUGCCUCUUCCACGGGAUGACAACUUUGCUGUACUUGAAAUUAGAGCCUGGGGUGAAGGUGGAGAUGGGACACCAACUGAAGUUAUAGUCUCCCGGGACUCAGGGACGAGUAUGAUGGUCCUCAACUCAGCAAUUGACCUCACUCCUGCACACGUCAUCCUCAGCACCACUUUCAUAAUGCUGGCACUGAUUGGUUUAUUGGAGCUUUGACUUUAGACAGUCCUUUGGAGAUUUUUUACCUAUGGAUAAACUGUAAUGUUGAGACACUUCAUUUUCAAAAUUUUAUUUUUUAUGUUGGGAAAAAGAUGGUGUCAGUGCUACCACACUUUUUGGUUGUAUUUUUUUCACCUCUUUUUUAAGUAAUUUAAUACAGGAUUUUGUACCACCUUUAAAGUUGUAUCAACAUCUUAAAGGAUCGUCAGACCUUUAUGGACGUCAAACAGAUAGUUUGAAAGUGUACAUUUUUUAAAGGGUUAUAAUGCUGAAAUUUGCCUUAUGGAGUAUGAUACGUAGCUGUUGUCUAAUAUUAAUACUGUAUGUGGACACAGGGUUAUAGACAUGCUGGAAAUGCUUCAGAAGGAUACUCAGCUGUGAUCACAAGAUUUUGAACUUAUUUAUUAGGUGCGACAAAGCUUGAACUGCUAUUGUACUUGAUUUUUUUUUUUUUUUUUUUGCAUAAUUCACUCCAAAAAAAGAAAGGACUACAAGAAUCCAAAUUUACAGUAAGAUGUUUACUCAUUUGUCAGUGGACAUAUUCUUUGCUCACUGCAGACCGAAAAAAGAAAUGAGACGUAUUUUUCCUUAAAUUUUCAUGAUUUGCAAUUCUCUUUGAAGAAAAGAAGGUGGUUUGACCUACGUUUGUAAAUUGUGGAAAAAACAACGUCAUCGUCUAGACAAAAAAAAACCUUUUCAGUCCACCCCACAUCAGGAUCAUGAAGGUUUUUGCAAUUGUGUCCCCAUGAUGUAAAGUCAUGUCUUUUCGAAUGGCUAUAGAACCUUCUGAAUUGAAACUCCCACCUAAGAUGAUGUCAUUGGGUAAAAUACUGACAACUCUUAAUAUAUCAAUAUAAAAAAAGCUGCUGCUGGUAAAGCUGCUGCUGGUAAAAAUACAUUUACUUCUUCUUCCCUCUCUCUCUCUUUCUCUCUCUGUCUUGGUAACUCCAUAAAUUAUGUGGGUGCCCUUAAUAUACAUUAUUUAUGUACACAUACAAACAAUGAAAAUGGACCAUAUGGCUCUUUUUGGUAGUAUUGUAGUGGACCAGUUUAAAGGAGCACAGUCUGCUCCUCUGUGACCAAAUAAGUUAGCUGAUGCAUCACCAUUCAAUAAAACUAGAUGAGGGUGAGCACUGAGGAUGACGGCAGGCUUGGUGACUCCUGUUUUGUCCAGGACCACCUCCCCUGCAUUUCCAACAUAAACCAUACACUAAUGGGAUUUUAGCUGUAAAAAUGGCACUCUGAUCUGGUGAGCUGGAAUAUCUUUCCUGAUAUGUAUACUGUAUAUAUUGUCUUUCUUGAUGAAUUACUGCCCACAGAAAAGAUACUGUACCUUCCAGGUCAGGUACUUUUCACAUGGUCGCCUGCCUAAAUUAUAUCUCUGUUCUAAUGUAACAGUGGGAAAAGAGCAGACCUCCAGCAGAUUUCAAGGGAUAGCUAGCAAUUUCUCUCCAUAAGUGAAAUGUUAUAAUGCUUGGUUUAGAUUCACUAAUUUUUGUAAGUGGCACCAGUCACAUGUCACAGUGGCUUUUAAUUUUACUGCUGCACUUUUCUUUUUAUAGUGUAAAUAUACUUUUUUAUUGAACCAGAGUAAACAUGGAACACGGAAUUUGAUGUAUGACACUUGCUGAAUGUUUUUAGAAUUUGAAUGAUUGGACUUUUUGUCGAUGUACUUGCUUGAUAACGGAGGUCCCCUGUGAUCUGGCUGCUGAAGAGUUCUUAAUCAAAAGUGCUGAGAUGGAAAUCCAAGAAAAGAAACAGGUGCCACACAUUGAUCUGCACAAAGACACCUGGUUAGAAAGAAUUACCACAUAAUUAAUAUUCUUUUUGAUGUAAUACAGAGAAAUUCAUCCAGCACUGAUAAUGGAUAUUUGUGAAAGCUGUUAAAUAAUGAUGGGAUACCUUUGAAUUGUGGCCUGGUAUUAAAAUUCAGUUUUGAGUCAAUGCCAUUGUUAGAUUUAUUAACUCUACCUUCAUGAUAAUCUAUUAUAAAAUGCUAAAUGAAGGCUCCAGUAAGUAAACACUGUAGAUGCAGAGUGGUGAUUCUGCCGUUUUAUUAAAAUAGCCAAGCAGAUGCUCUUUAGUUAUUCUUUUACUUAUCCAAAGAAUUUCAUCUUAUGUAUUAUAAAUCUGGCCAUGUACUACAGCAUGUGCAUUCAUUUUUGAAAUAAAGCAGAAUUUCCACCCAAGCAGAAAUCACUCUGUUAAUGCAUAAAUACUGUUUUUUGACUUAAUGAGCCUCAUAUAUUUUAAAUCACAUUUAUUUUUAAUAAAUAAACAUUAAAAUCAUGCAUGUAAAGGUAAUAAUGCUACAGCCUACCAACUCCAGAAAGCUGAGCUUGAAUGCUAGUCAAGUCACAGUCUUUUGAGAUUGUCUCUUCUGCCCUUGUCUGUGUGAACUCUGUCCUGUCACAUCUCAAAGAUGUACGUGGUAUUUUAAAUUGAUCCAGAAAGAGUGACCUCUGAUGGACUGGUGCUCCACCAACUGGUGGUCACCUGUUUCCUGCAACCCCUACAAUUGGAUAUGGAGGUAUAGAAAAUGGAAGGGUGUAUAAAAGUAAUCCAAGAUCUUAUCUGGCAUUGAACAGAUUUACUCUGCUGCCUCUAAAAUGAAAAAAGAAACAAUGAAGUGAUGGGUUAGUGAAUGACGAUUAUUGCUGCUUUGCUCCUUUUUCAGUACCCAGUUCAAUACAUAUAUUCAUUUAAACUGGCUGCACAUAUAAAAACUCUUCUGCAUGUUUUCUUAUGUUACUAUGAACAAGCUUGAAGAUUUUUUACCCAUUUUGCAAUUGUGUGCCUGGUGCUUUUUAUUACAGUAGGCAUUUGUAAACAUUCCCUUAUGUCUCAAAACAUAAAACCUGGCCAGCAAUAUUUUAUUAAAAGGGACCUAAUACUCAGUGAAGGGUGAUUGCAGAAGCGUGUGAGACUUACUUUGUGUUUGUAUUUCACAAACAAAAUGUAUAUUAAGAUGCUUUUUGUUGACACUUAACAAUGUGUAAUUCUUGCACACCACACUUGAUUUUACUUGGCCUACAUUAUUAGGAAUUUAUUCAUUUCCACAAUUUGGCUCACCUUUGUAUGUAAAAUUUUGAAAUUUGUAAAAUUAAUUGCUCUGAGAUAGGUAUAAAAAUGCAGAUAAACAUCCAUCCCUUGUUUUUCUCUGUGUAUUGUCUUUUGCUGUUUCCAUGAUGCCAACACGAGAAAAGGUGUUGCUUUUUCUCAGAAAGUUGAAGAGUAUGUGAUUAGAAAGAAAAUGUCUUUCUUAGGAAAACCAAAGGUUGUGUUUGCAUUCUUCCUGUCAUGCUGUAUGUUACAUACUGUAGAGGGGACACCAAAGCCUUCAUUAAAAACGCAAAUCUGGAGAGAAAUUAAAGGUACUUGUAAAUAAAGAAAAAAAAUAAAUAAAGAAGU